CUCAAACCUUCUCUCAUCAAAAUAAGAUCGAGAUAUAUCUAAACUUGAGCUAUUAAUCAAAGCCUUUAAUUUUUUCUUUGUUUCCAAUACUUUCAAUGGCAUUCUUGAGGAGGAUUUUUGCCACCAAGCAAAUCAUUCGCCGGUCUUUUACUACCGAAUCAACGCCUAAAGGGUUCUUGGCUGUGUACGUUGGAGAACAUCUGAAGAAGAAAAGAUUUCUUGUUCUGGUUUAUUAUCUGAAGAAACCGUCGUUCCAAGCUUUGCUGAGAAAAGCAGAAGAAGAGUUUGGUUUUGAUCAUCCAACCGGUGGUUUAAGCUUACCAUGCGAUGAAGCAUUCUUCUUCACUGUUACUUCUCAGAUUAGUUGAGCCCACACAAGGUUCAAGCUGUUUAGGAGAAAAAUACACAUUGUAAAUAAACUAGAUUUUUGUAUUGUUGACGUUGAAUUAUACAUACUGGUGAGUUUAAAUAAUUCAAGAUAGUUACCAAAAUAGUAGUUCAAUGAAAAAUUU